AUGGACCGGAUAGGAGAUCUCCUAAGAACACCCCAGGUCGCCUGGAAUCGGCAAUCUGCUAACUCGAGAGAGUUUCGAAAGGCCGUCGUGGCUAUUAGUUAUGUUCUAGGUGGAUCUCGUGCAAGCGCUGAGCCCCAAACAUCCGAGGACGCAUUGCCCUCUACUGUUCCAACCACGGCUGUCUCUUACUUUCCGGACUUCACAUCGAAAUAUGACGUACCCGGUAUGGACCUGGGAUCUACAUCUACAAUGGAACGAAUGGUAUGGCCCAUAGUCACAGCAACCCUGAAUGAUGAGGCCGAGCAGUCGCUUGGCGGGAAUGGUUCCCAACAGAUGGAUAUGACUUUGUGA